UCUAGUCUAGUGUUGGGGUCUGUUUGCGCUCGGCUGUGUAAAUUGAACGGUGACUCCAUACGCAGCAGUUUCUCUGUGCUAAAAAGUCAAUAUUGAAACAAUAUUUGUUUCAAAUUGAUCGUUUGGCAAGUUCAGACUGUUGAAGGGCGUUGAAGCUAUAGUGUAUUAAAACACUCAGAGAGGCACAGCGCGGUUAUGAUCGUAAACAGGACCUUUGCUUGAUCAACAAUUUUAGUAAAAGAAGUUUAAAUAGUAAAAAACACCAUUGUUUUAACAUGGAAGUAGCAGUACCAACAAAACAGUUCGACCAUUACGAAGUCGAAAGCAUAGCUUCGAAAAGAUACAGCGUUGGAGAAAUACUAGCCAGAAUGAAACCAGAAGAAGACAACUUUAAAGAAAACGGUCCUCCAGCCGACUUCUCCUUUAGAGAUGCUCGGAAAAUGUCAGACUUCCCACGAACCACUCCACGAGAAGGGCCCCACGCAUACGUCACCGUUGAUGUGUUCCUGCCACCAGAAUCCACAGCCCCUAGUGUGACACCUAGCGCCGAUCGUAAGGAUCCAGAAAACCAGGAAGAGGGCGCCCAAAAGCAGCCAGUAAAAUAUUGCAGUCGUGCUAUUCGUUUGAGCAACAACUCAAUCUCUUCAUUCGACGGAUUCUCAACAGCGCUCCAAGCGAUUUUAGACGCUCCCGACACGCUUGAGUGGAUUGACCUAUCGUUUAACGACUUACCGAAGAUAAGCGAGGCACUGCUCGAGUACAAGAACCUUAAAGUUCUUUACCUACACGCAAAUGUCAUCGAAAGCAUCCAGCAAGUUGAUAAACUGGCUGCUCUUCCGAACUUAAAGACGCUGACUCUUCAUGGGAAUUUUGUAGACGGGGCAAAAGGAUACAGGCAAUACGUGAUCACAACAAUACCCCAGCUGCAAUACCUGGACUUCAGUCGAAUCACUAAGGCGGACAGAGACAAAGCAGGGGCAUGGAAAACCCUCAAAAUAAUCGGUCACCAAAAGAAAAAGAAAAGGGCUGCCAUAGAGGAAUGACUUUUUAAAGUUACAAAAUCCGUUUUUUUUUGCUAUAGUAGGGUGGGUGAAGAUGGGAUGCCUUUUUAUUCUUUUUCUCGUCCCACUUGGUAGUAAAAAAAUAACAUUCAAAAUUCCAGCGACUCCAAUAGAUAGUUGUUCAUUGUUUAAAUAGGAUCAGGAUAUUUGGAUAUUAUGUUCUAACGGUGUCCCGUUUUCCCCUACUAUAUACAUUCCACUGGCAGGUGAUUUAGCUCUUAUGUAAGCUUUGUAGCCAUGUUGCAUAUAAGAUGGCCCGUUUGCCGAUGUACUUACAUCAAAAUGUAAGAAAAUAGCUUCAAUGUUUCAAUGUUGAUGUAUAGCCACACUAUUAUCCAUUGCACUGUUACUAUUUUGAGCAUUACAUACACUGCGUUUAUUACA